AUGCCUAGCAUCUGUCUUCUUCAAAAUAUUCCUCAUUCAAAUUAUUCGUUCUUUCCCAGUCUUCGUCAUUAUUAUUUCCUUACCCUUUUUUCUUUCUUUUUUUUUCUUUCUCAUAUACGUCCUUUAUAUUCAUUAUGGCCAUUUUUUUGUUUUUUCGUCCUUUUACUCUUUCUUUCUUUCUUUCUUUCUUUCUUUCUUUCUUUAUUUCUUUCUUUCUUUCUUUCGACAUCGUCCUUUGUGUUUGUCACUUUCUUUCUUUCUUUCUUUCUUCUUUCUUAUAUUCUAAUUUUUCAUUCAAUUUUAUUUUCCUUGGAAAAAAAAGGAAAAAAAAAGAAAGAUUCUUUCUUUCUUUUUUUAUUUUUUUCCUUUCUUUUCCAUUAUUUCCUUCUUUUUAUCUUUUCUCCAUUUUCAUUCUUUUACUUUCGUUUUUUCAUUCUUUCCUAUUUUUUUAUUUCUCAUAAUAAUUCUUUUCAUUCAAUUUUCCUUAAUUUGUAUCUUCAUCUUUUCAUUCAUAUUUACUUAUUUUUUUUUAUUUUUUGCUUUCUUUUUUAUGUUUUUCUUUACUUAAACUUCUUUCUUACUUUUUUAUCCUUAUUUGCUUCAUUGACUCUUUCCUUCUUUUCUCUUAAAUCUUUCUUUCUUCAUUGUUUCCUCCUACUUAUUUCUUUCAUUCUUUCUUUCUUGUAUACCUGUCUUCAUAUACACUUUCUUUUCACUUUCUUUCUUUCGUCCUCUUCUUCGGUUUUUCAAACUCUCCUUCUAACUUCUUUCUUUCAUUCCUUCUGUCUUUCUUCCCUCAUUGCUCUCUCUCCCUCUCUCUCUCUGUUUUUUAUAUCUCGCUAUUUCUCUGCAUUCACCCGCUUCAUAUUAUUUUUUUCGCACUCCAUUUUCCUUUUCUUUCUUAAUCUCCCACUUUUGUUACACAUACCUCCUUCUCUACUUCGACAUGCCAUACUUUCUUUCUUUCUUUCUUUUUUCUUUCUCUCUCUCUCUCUUCUAGAUUUUUCUUUCAUUCCUUCUGCCUUUCUUCCUCCAUUUCUCUCUCUCUCUCUCUGUUUUUUAUAUCUCGCUAUUUCUCUGCAUUCACCCGCUUCAUAUUAUUUUUUUUUCACCUCCAUUUUCCUUUUCUUUCUUAAUCUCCCACUUUUGUUACACAUACCUCCUUCUCUACUUCGACAUGCCAUAUUUUCUUUCUUUAUUUCUUUCUUUCUUUCUCUCUCUCUCUCUUCUAGAUUUUUCUUUCAUUCCUUCUGCCUUUCUUCCUCCAUUUCUCUCUCUCUCUCUGUUCUUUAUAUCUCGCUAUUUCUCUGCAUUCACCCGCUUCAUAUUAUUUUUUCGCACUCCAUUUUCCUUUUCUUUCUUAAUCUCCCACUUUUGUUACACAUACCUCCUUCUCUACUUCGACAUGCCAUACUUUCUUUCUUUCUUUCUUUCUUUCUUUUUUCUUUCUCUCUUUCUCUCUUCUAG